AUGCUGACAAAUGGCUAUAAACAAAGUCAGAGAGAUCAUAAACUAUUUAUCAAACACUCAAAGAUAGGGGGUGUUACUGCUCUUUUAGUGUAUGUUGAUGACAUCAUAGUAACCGGAAAUGAGGAGCAAAAGAAAGAAGAUUUAAAGCACAAGUUAACUACUAAGUUUGAAAUAAAGGAGUUGGAAGGAUUCAAAUAUUUCCUAGGCAUCGAAGUGGUUCAUUCAAAGCACAGAAUCUUCAUCUCUCAGCAAAAAUACAUUCUUGAUCUCUUGAAGGACACUAGGCAGUCAGCAAGUAAACCAACAAGUACACCUAUUGAAUCGAAUCACAAGCUCAGAGAAGCAGAAGGGAAUAUUGAGUUAAUAAAGAGAUGUAUCAGUGAUUGGUUGGUAAGCUCAUUUAUAUCUCUCAUACACGGCCAGAUAUUGCAUAUGCUAACUCCAGGGAAAGGUAUCUUAUAUAGAAGAAAUGCUAGUCUAUCACCUGAAGCCUACAUCGAUGCAGAUUAUGCUGGAUCAAUAGCUGAUCGAAGGUCCACUUCAGGAUAUUGUACCUUUCUUAGUGGAAAUCUAGCUCAACUAGCAGAUGUACUUACUAAAGGGUUAAGUAAUCCAAUGUUUCAGGCCAUCAUUACCAAGCUGGGAAUGGACAAUACCUACUCACCAGCUUGA